CUUGAUCAGCGGACACCUUCACACACCUGAACCGACAGUAAGUUGUAGUCGAGCCAAGUACAAGCUAUUAAACAGUAAAAUCGCCGAAAGAUUGACACGGACUAACUUUCGUGCUUCCAUCCAAGACAAAAAAACGCUAUGCAGAUGGUGUGAUUCACACAACUAUUGGAUGAUCUACAUUGGUGACAUCUUUAAUAAUUAUUGAGUACCGCAUCAAAAAGUGUCUUGAAGAUGAAGCCGCCAGAGUUUAUCCAUGGGAUACUUGGUAUCUUUUCUCUAUGUUUCCUCCAUGUCUGCCAUGCCUUUUCUCCCAUCGUCAUCCACAGACAAGAACUAUGGAAGUCAGAGAUGGAAGCAGAGGUACACCUGUACCGAACCCCAAUCCUCCUCAAACUCCCAACAGGCGACUUGCUGGCCUUCUCUGCACCCCGCAAAACCACCGGUUCCGACAAAUCUGCGAAAUUCAUCGCGAUCCGACGAUCGCAAGACGGUGGAUUGCACUGGGACACUACUAGGAUAAUCGAGGACGACUAUGAUGUCGAGGACGGGCUUAACCUAGGUUCUGCAAUGGUGGACAAGGUAACCAACGACACGUUUGUAUUCUUUGGAUACUGCCUUCACACCGCAGGACCAUGUACAUCACCCUACAGAGAGAAGGGUGUCUAUUUUAAGGUUAGCCACGACUGGGGAUACACAUGGACCCAAGCGAUCAACGUCAAAGAGACAAAUCCAGCGUUGGCAGGGCUAACGUGGGCUCCAGGUCCAGGCUUUGGAAUCCAGAAGGAACUAGAACCGAACAAAGGGAGGUUGAUCGGAUGCGGGCAUCGUGUGGAUGUUCCAUUCAGACAGAUGCAGUGUAUAUACAGUGAUGAUCAUGGGAAGACGUGGCAAAUGAACUCUCCUCUCUAUGGCUUACCGUAUGGUCAGAAGCAAGCUGUGGGUGACUUCACCCCAGGUGAAACACAGGUUAUUGAACUCACAAAUGGAACCAUCUUUGUGAGUAUCCGCAACGAGAACAAGUUCCACUGCCAUUGCCGAAUGCAAUCGAUAAGUUACGACGGUGGCUACUCGUUUCCGAUCCCGAACCUCAUAAUACAGGAAUCGCUGGUCGAUCCAUCGGUCUUUGGGUCACUUGCCCUACUGAAUGGCACGCUCUUCCUGUCGCAUCCCUACAACGCGGAUUCGCGCGUAAACAUGACCUUGCAGUGGAGUUUCGAUUCCGGCCAGACGUGGCCCGGUGCGGUACAGCUCUACGAGGGACCAAGUGAGUAUUCCAGCCUGGCUCAAAUUGAUCACGAGUAUCUAGGAUUGCUUUUUGAACGCGAUGGCUAUAAAUACAUCGACUUUUUCAAAAUCCGAAUCAGAUGAAUUGCUGAAGUUACAAAGUGAAUCCCGGUUUUGAAUACCAUUUUUGAUAUUCAAGUACUGAUGGUUUGUUAAUGACGGAAAAAUUGCAGCUGCGUGGGUUUUAUGUGUAUCGUGUUGUUCAAAAAGGAUACUUUAGUACUAAUACUCAGAAUUAAUGCUUUAGUGGUUAAUAAACCUGUUGCUUUAUUUCCUAAAUAUAUUCCAACACAAAAAUCUGCAAUACUUUUCAGUACCGUACUGAAAUUGCUGUCAAAUCAAACAUCUAUACCCUUUGAUUAAAAAGAAUCAGUCAUUAGUUGAAUAUUUGAUGUAUGAUUUAUUUUUAAAUCAAAUCAUAAAAUUCAGCCGUACAAUAAAUGUGUUUUUGUUGUGUGUGUAUAUGGCAAGGCUCCACACUAAUUUUUUUUCUUGGUGGCCCUAAAAUACGACAAAACAUUCAAUACUAUUCAUCAAAACUUCGGUGGCCAGACUCUCAUUUUUGGUUGCCCCAGGCCACUGCUAAUGUCAAGCCCUGUAUAUGGUGACUGUAGUUUUUCUCUAGUCAGAAAAUAUUGUGCAGAAAUCAGGCCUGGCAGAAAUGCCUUGAUGUUCUGUGUAUAUUAUCAAGGGAACACCAACUGAUCUGAGACAUGUGAGUAUGUAUAUUGAACCACAAUAAUUUUAGUCAAAAUUUAACCGAUAACUGUUACUAUUAACAUUCUUUAACUUAAAGAAUGUUAAUAGUAACAGUUAUUGGUUAAAUUUUGACUAAAAUUAUAAGCUUCAAUUCCUGUCCAGAAGAAAAACAGUAUAUUUGUCAUUUGUUUUGCAUUACCGAAUGAUUUGGAUUUAUCCUUAUUUAAAAUACAAAAUACCUGAGCAUUUGACUUGACUCUGUAAUUUCAACUCAGAAUAUAUGUGCCUGCAGUGUAACACUUUAUCCAGAAUAUAUAGUAUAUAUAUGCCUUUUUUUUAUUAUUUUGGAGAAUGUAUUUCAUGUGUGCAAUCAGCUUCAAAUUUUUUUUUUUCAAUUUCAGGGAGGUAAUUAUUGCAUUUAACUCAAAACAUGAUUCAAGUAAAACAAAUGAUAAAAAACAUUCAAUUUUCAUGUAUUUUCAUGUACAUGUGUAUUUUGUUAGUUCCUGUAGAUUUUACUUUAACGCAGAAUGGACUCACUUGAAUUAGUGGCGAUAUUCUUGAUUUUUUUUUUACUUAACUAUACAGUAGUUUUAGUGCAAUGGAAUAAUUAUUUUCAGGUAAUGAUUUGAUAUGUAUAGUUUUUAAAAUGAAUGAAAGCUUUUGUAGAAAUUUGUACCAUACCAAAGAAACAUUUUCUUAUGAUUGUUAUUAUUGAUAUCAUUUUUUCCUUUGUGUGUGUGUUAAUGAUGUACAUGUAGAAAUGAUUUCUAAUAGAAUCCAAGUGUUAGUAUUUACAGAUAAAAAAAAUGUGCCAAAACUUCUAGCAGGAACUCAGAUACUGCUCCAUGUAUCUGUAGACACUGUUUAUUCAGUACAUGUAGCUAAAUCACAAUUUUAUUCACACAUCAUUAGAUGAACAAGGAUUCAAUUAGAAUAUACUCAAAUUCUAUAACAUGCUAUCACCUAAAUGUAUAAAUCAACAAAAGCAAGUCAAAGAAAUGUACGCUCCCUGUUUCUUAACGAUUAGUUAUCGGUAGUCGGUUCCAUGACAUUUGCUCCGAUGGAAAACCUGCGCAUUAAGCAAAACAAAACCUAACCUCCAAAAGUAAAUAAACCCUAAUCCUAAUCUAUAUGUUAUUCUUAAACAAAAACUUCAUUAAAAUCAUAACUCUAAUCUUAUGCCUUCUGAGAUAUUAAGGUCGGAGCAAUUGUUGCAGGAGCAAAUGUCGUGUCACCAAUUGGGAUGAGGCCUUAAUCAAUAUCUCUGUGUCUUGGCUAUUUAUGCCUACUCUUGGGAGUGUUUCAUGAACCAUCUUGUCAGUAUUUCCACUAACAAAUUUGCUCUGAGCCAAUCAGAUGCGAGGAUUUCAGUAGCUUAUAACGAAUAGAUAGUGGAAGUCACUGACUUCAUUUAUUUGUUUCAUUGAAAUGCUCUGCUAAUGGGAUCAAAACUUUGAAAAGAGAAUUUAAGGCUUGUCUGAGCAAAAUAGUGAAUAUCUUUAAUUGAUGUCUAUGACAUGAUAAUGGUGAUGACAGUUCAUACUUUUCCAAGAUUUUAAAUAGAAACCAUUCAAGAGAAGAGACCAUGCCAAUAAUCCAUGUACAUGUACAGUGUCCAGGCAUGAAUUAAUAAAGAAAAAUAAAUCUCACCUGGUACUUUGAAUUUGACAUUUAUUGCUUGUCUGAACAAAAUAAUUGAUAUCUAAGAUAUGAUGAAGUUGAUGAUGAUGAUAGGUCAUAUUAUACAACUCCCAAGAAUGUUUUGUAAUCUGAUUGGUCCAAAUCGGAUCACAUGAUAUUUAGCGAAUGCACUAUGGCAUCAUCUGACGUCAGAGUGCAGGAUAAUGCAAGGUCUGCACUAAAUUCUAGAUCUGAAAUUGAGAUCAAAUAUAGCUUUUGGUGUAACUCAGUAACAUGGGGGGGGGGUUGUUUUAAACAAUGCUCGAUUCUUGUGCAUACGUAGAGGACCUAAAUAAUGAACUCUGUGCUCGACUCGCUAGAUGGAUAUACCGCACUCGGUCUUGCAGACCUUGGUGCGGUAUAUCCACUAGCGCUUCUCGCACAUUGUUCAUUAUUUGGCCCUGCAUGCACGUGCUAACUUGCAUUUAUACUAUUUCGUACUCUUUCAAAGAUAUUAUGGUACUAUUCAUGAGGAUAAACCAUGCAAAGAACUGUAAAGUGUCCAUGUAUUUCAUAGAUUCAUUAAAAAAUUCAAUUAUCUCACCUG